GUCAAGUCACAACGGGGAGCUGCGCAUCCUGAGCGUUUACGGACAAGGGGAGGGCCCACUGGCGGUGGAUGGUUGGUGGAAGGUUUCUCCCAACAAUGCCAAUAUGAUCGUACACAUGAGGACCCGACCAGACGAGAAGCCGUACGGGUGUGACCAAUGCACGAAGCGCUUCAGUCUAAGUGAACACCUGAAGCGCCACAUGAAGACUCACACCGGGGAGAAACCCUACAGCUGUGACCAUUGCAAAAAGCGCUUCGCUCUGCAUGGCAACCUGAAUGUCCACAUGAGGACUCACUCCGGCGAGAAGCCCUACAAGUGUGACCUAUGCACGAAGCGCUUCAGUCGGAAUGGAGACCUGAACGUCCACAUGAGGACUCACUCCGGCGAGAAGCCCUACAAGUGUGGCCUAUGCACGAAGCGCUUCAGUCGGACAAGCCACCUGAAGAGCCACAUGAUGACUCACUCCGGCGAGAUGCCCUACAAGUGUGACCAAUGCACGAAGCGCUUCAGUCAGACAAACUACCUUAAGAUCCACAUGAAGACUCACACCGGGGAGAAACCCUACAGCUGUGACCAUUGCCUAAAGCGCUUCGCUCGGCAUGGCGACCUGAACGUCCACAUGAGGACUCACUCCGGCGAGAAGCCCUACAAGUGUGACCGAUGCACGAAGGGCUUCAGUCAGACAAGCCACCUGAAGAUCCACAUGAAGACUCACACCGGGGAGAAACCCUACAGCUGUGACCAUUGCCAAAAGCGCUUCGCUCAGCAUGGCACCCUGAACGUCCACAUGAGGACUCACACCGGCGAGAAACCCUACGGGUGUGACCAAUGCAUCAAGCGCUACAGUAAGAAAGGCACCCUGAAGAUCCACCUGAGGACUCACUCCGACGAGAAGCCGUACGGGUGUGACCAAUGCACGAAGAGCUUCAGUCGGAAAGGCAACCUGAAAAUCCACAUGAGAACUCACACCGGGGAGAAGCCCUACAGGUGUGACCAAUGCACGAAGAGCUUCAGUCGGAAAGGCCACCUGAAAAUCCACAUGAGGACUCACUCUGGGGUGAAGCCCUACAAGUGUGAGAGAAGCGAGAAGCCCUACAAGUGUGACCAAUGCACGAUGCGCUUCAGUCAGAAAGGCACCCUGAAGAUCCACAUGAAGACUCACACCGGGGAGAAACCCUACAGCUGUGACCAUUGCAAAAAGCGCUUCGCUCGGCAUGGCGACCUGAACGUCCACAUGAGGACUCACUCUGGAGAGAAGCCCUACAAGUGUGACCAAUGCACGAUGCGCUUCAGUCAGAAAUGCACCCUGAAGAUCCACAUGAAGACUCACUCCGGCGAGAAGCCCUACAGGUGUGACCAAUGCCCGAAGUGCUUCAGUCUGAAAGACCACCUGAAGACCCACAUGAGGACUCACUCUGGGGUGAAGCCCUACAAGUGUGACCAAUGCACGAUGCGCUUCAGUCAGAAAUGCACCCUGAAGAUCCACAUGAGGACUCACUCUGGGGAGAAGCCCUACAAGUGUGACCAAUGCACGAUGCGCUUCAGUGUGAAAGGCAACCUGAAGAUCCACAUGAGAACUCACACCGGCGAGAAGCCCUACAGGUGUGACCAAUGCACGAAGGGCUUCAUUGUGAAAGGCACCCUGAAGAUCCACAUGAGGACUCACUCCGACGAGAAGCCGUACGGGUGUGACCAAUGCACGAAGAGCUUCAGUCGGAAAGGCAACCUGAAAAUCCACAUGAGAACUCACACCGGGGAGAAGCCCUACAGGUGUGACCAAUGCACGAUGCGCUUCAGUCAGAAAGUCACCCUGAAGAUCCACAUGAAGACUCACACCGGGGAGAAACCCUACAGCUGUGACCAUUGCAAAAAGCGCUUCGCUCGGCAUGGCGACCUGAACGUCCACAUGAGGACUCACUCUGGGGAGAAGCCCUACAAGUGUGACCAAUGCACGAUGCGCUUCAGUCAGAAAUGCACCCUGAAGACCCACAUGAAGACUCACUCCGGCGAGAAGCCCUACAGGUGUGACCAAUGCCCGAAGUGCUUCAGUCUGAAAGACCACCUGAAAAUCCACAUGAGUACGCACUCCGGGGAGAAGCCCUACAAGUGUGACCAAUGCACGAUGCGCUUCAGUCUAAGUGAACACCUGAAGCGCCACAUGAAGACUCACACCGGGGAGAAACCCUACAGCUGUGACCAUUGCAAAAAGCGCUUCACUCGGCAUGGCAACCUGAAUGUCCACAUGAGGACUCACUCUGGGGAGAAGCCCUACAAGUGUGACCAAUGCACGAUGCGCUUCAGUGUGAAAGGCAACCUGAAGAUCCACAUGAAGACUCACACCGGGGAGAAACCCUACAGCUGUGACCAUUGCAAAAAGCGCUUCGCUCGGCAUGGCGACCUGAACGUCCACAUGAGGACUCACUCCGGCGAGAAGCCCUACAAGUGUGACCGAUGCACGAAGCGCUUCAGUCAGACAAGCCACCUGAAGAGCCACAUGAAGACUCCCGGGGAGAAACCCUACAAGUGUGACCGAUGCACACAGGGCUUCAGUCAGACAAGCCACCAGAAGAUCCACAUGAAGACUCACACCGGGGAGAAACCCUACUAGUGUGACCGAUGCACAAAGGGCUUCAGUCUGAAAUGCACCCUGAAUAUCCACAUGAGAACUCACACCGGCGAGAAGCCCUACAAGUGUGACCAAUGCACGAAGGGCUUCAAUGAGAAAGGCAACCUGAAGAUCCACAUGAGGACUCACUCCGGCGAGAAGCCCUACAAGUGUGACCAAUGCACGAUGCGCUUCAGUCGGCAAGGCACCCUGAAGAACCACAUGAGGACUCACUCCGGUUAGAAGCCCUGCCUGUUAGUGCAUUGCAACGCCAGCUACAGCGACCCAAGCAAUUUGAGUGUGCACAUGCUUAAGCACACGGGCAAUGGGGUGCUUUCACACAGGGUAACGGGGCGCUUUGAUUGAGACCUCUGUCCGGUAUUUGUCGAAAUGACUGCUUUUAGUUUUUCUUUUUAUCAGGAUUAAACACUUUCCAGCUUUUUGAUUCGCUUUGUUUUGCUUUGUUUUCAUUUUAGUAAUUUAUGUCUGUGUGAUAAAGAACUUAUUUCUCUGACUCUUCUAACAGUAAAAUAUUAGGAAACGUUCACAUCGUUGGUAAAUACAAAGGAAACAUGUGAGGGGAGUAUACCACGAACCUCGCUGAACAUACCACGAACCUCGCUGAACAUACCCAGCUUUUCUUGGGAAAACCUGGUUCGACAGAGACGCAACUCGCAGUCAGAGUUAAAUGGUUCCACGACACUCACUUUAGAUUCAAUUAGUCGAACCAGGUUUUCCGCUUUAGGUUCAAUGCACGUAUUAUUAUGAAUUCCUACGAGGAAUUCAAGGUCCAAAUCACAGCCAAGGGGAACACGGUUGCCCAUAAUAUGGCUAGGGUAGCGUGCUGGCAAUAAAUAGCCGUCCGUGUUCAUUCGUAAGUGAAAAGAUUCUGCAUAUUGUCUAAAAAUAUCAUGUAUCAUCAUGCCUUUUACCCCCAUAGAUGUGGUGCCAGCACGCUCCUACGAACAUUGGGCCAAGUCAAAAAUAAAUAUUAAAAUAAUAUUCAAUGUGGUAAGUUGUAAGCAUCCAUUUGAAUAAUUUCAGGUGAAUCUAGCCUAUGAUUUGCAAUGGCCUAGGCUCCAACCUUUAGUCACAUGUUGAUUACCUGCAGCAAAUAAAAAUAAAUUUAAUACGACUGGGAGGAGGACCGCUCCACCGCCCUUCACCACUUCGGAGGAGCUGGCUCUCGCCAAUAACGAAGGUCGGCCGAUGAUGGUAGGAGUGGAAGGGGGGGGGUGUCCUCUGACCCCACUGCCUCGACUUCAAAGGCCUUUGUAAUGAGUAUAUUCAUGUAUUGGCAAUGGACAUCAAUAAUUGUCUUGGUAAUCAAAUUGUUGUGAAAUGAUUGAGUGUAAAUUAAUUGUCAUUUUUAGUUGAAGGUACAAACAUUAGUUUGGAGGAGCUGCUGACAAUCAAUCUCCAAUCAGAGGAGACGGUCGCCCUGUGACUCCAGGGCGACUAUGGAGGGGGUUCUGAACAAUUCUCACGGCUAUAGUAUGAAUUUGUAGAAUAAAAGAUGCCUAGGCCUAAUUGUGUCACACAUAGCGGUUAUGUGUAUGAGGCUGAAGGUGAAUGCUGCUGCUGGUGGCUUGAGCUGGUGCCGGAUA